AUGAACUUUCAGCCUAAUGACUACUUACAAGGGUUAAACCUUGAUUUCGAUUCAUCAAUCCCUUCUAAUGAUGUAUCUCCAAAUUUCAAUUCUACUGAUCUUGAUAUCUUUUCUCAAUCUGAUUUCUUUGCUUUAGAUGUAUUUUCAAAAGAUAAUAUCGUUCCAAAUAAACAACAUCAUGGUCAUGUUCAAUCUCACCCAGUACAACCUCAACCAGUACAAGUUGCUCCUGUUGUUACUAUUCCAGAACCAAGAAUAGCGAUCAAACAAGAACCUCAAGAAUCUUCUUUAAAUUCCACUGAUGGAUUAGAUUUCUUAGAUUUUAAUCCUCAUCAAUCUCCUUUAAAACAAGAAACUCCAUCUACUAAUCAAACUGAUACUGUCAUUGAAGAAUCUCAUCAUUUUGUUGCUGAAUUAGCUGCUAAUGAAGAUAAAAGAAAACGAAAUACUGCUGCUAGUGCCAGAUUUAGAAUUAAAAAAAAAUUAAAAGAACAAGAAAUGGAACAAAAAUCAAAAGAAUUACAAGAUAAAGUUUUAGGAUUAGAAAAGAGAUUAAAAACUUUAGAAAUGGAAAAUAAAUGUCUUAAGAAUUUAAUCUUGCAACAAAAUGAACAAAAAAAUAGUGAUUUAUUAGAAAAUAUCAAAAAGAGAAGUAUUUUAUAUUCUCAACCGGUAUUUCAAUUCACUAAUUGA